AUGAGAGCCUGGGGCCCCCUGAGCCGAGCAUUCUGGGCGCCCGGGAAGGGCACGGAACUGGCGGGCAAGUACGAGAAAACGAUCCUGCUCAUCUCGCUGUUGUACCUCCCCACAGUGCUGGUGUUGCAAAAGGUUAUGAGGAGGCGAAAGGAGAUAGAGGCCAAGGCGCUGAAGGUGGCAUGGAACGUAUGCCUGUCGCUGUUGUCCCUUAUUGGAGUGCUACUAAUCCUUAUAUAUGACCCAAGUGUGCUAAAGAGUAUAAUUGUGGAGGAGACAGAGUACAGGCCGGAAACAAGAGCAGUCAUCAGCAUUUUCACGUUGACAAAAGUAGUGGAGUAUGGAGACACGAUAUUUUUAAUUUUAAAAAAAAAAAAAUUAACAUUUUUACACAGCUACCAUCACUUAAGUGUAGUAAUAUAUUGUUUGUAUUCUCAGAAGGAGUUAGUUUCUCACGCGCAUUACUUUGUCUUCCUGAACUUAGUGGUCCAUAGCAUCAUGUAUUUUUAUUUUGGCUUUAUAUAUAUUUUACCAAAAGUUCUGUACAAGGUCAGGCAAUUUAUAACAUGUUUGCAAAUACUUCAAAUGUUCAUUGGCAUUUUUAUUUCCUACUACGCUAUAAAAAAUGUGGACAAUCAAAUAUACGUGAAGAAUGCAAUUGCAAGUUUGGCUUUAUAUUUAACAUAUGCAAUUUUAUUUUUAAAUUUUUAUUUUAAUAAUUAUUGCAAGAAUGUUAAGAGCAACGUUGCAACGUACAUGAUCAGCGUGCACAUAUUAGGAGUGAUAGGACUUAUAAUGCUCUGUACAAGUAAUGACACGCUUAGGUUAUUCAUUGAGGUGGCUAUUGGAUGUGUAUUCACCUUAACGUUGCUCAGUUGCUCUUUCCAUUUGAACACACAUUAUUGUCACCUCUGGAAGAACAAAAUAGGAGACACGAAUUUUUUGGAGCAAACUGAUUUAUUUAACACUUACAAGGCCAAGUACUUUUCUAAUAUGGACUUUUUAAAAAAAAUGACUGUACAUAUGAUUAAGACAUUUCUUCUUUGCUUUAACGGUUUAGCGACCUAUGCACAUGAUACGAUAUUCCUUUUUGUAAAUUUUUACUCUGAGAGGCUUAAGACGAUUGCUCACGAGUCGGCUGCGCUGGACAAAAGGGGCGCGUCCCUCACUGCGGGGUGUUACCCAGGUGGAAAAUCUCCCACAAGGGAAGGCGCAACGACGGAUCAAGCGAUUUGCGAAGCGAGUGGCCAAGCGAAUAACCCAGCGAGUGUGGUGAAACAACCCGUGGACGCCCCUAACCCGAGAGACAAAAAAUGGAACAAAGUUUUCUUCCUCAUUAAAGACCUGUACAACAGAUCCAUAAUCUCCUACAUUAUAUACAAAUCACCCAUCGAAGGUAUUGCCAAAAAUUUGGAGUCCAUUUCGCCUGACCAGUCAGCAAGGAAAUCACUCCAAUUUACACUUUUGGGCAUGGCCAAGCAGGUGAUACAGAACUACCUGCUCUACAUUGUCUGCUUGAUUCUCCCCAUAUAUUACGGACUACGCGUGUACAACGACGCACUGCUGGGCCUGUGUGUGCACGGAGCACUCAGGUGGCUCAUUGAAAUUUAUUCCACAAAAAUUUUUAACAAGUCAUACAAGCUGCACGCGCAUUGA